AUGACUAAGGAAGCGUUAGGAAAGGGUUUACAAGGGAUCGUAAUAAACUACGGCCAUAUACUUUCUGGAAGCAGAUUGAAAUGAGUUUCCUCGGAGGGCUAUUCGGUCCCGUGUGUGAAAUUGAUGUCGUCCUCAACGAUGCGGAUACCAGGAAGACGGCAGAGCUCAAGACAGAGGAGGGAAAAAUGGAAAAGCACUUCCUCUUCUAUGAUGGAGAGUCGGUUUCGGGGAAGGUGAACCUCACUGUGAAACAGACAGGGAAGAGACUAGAGCACCAGGGUAUCCGAAUUGAGUUUGUUGGCCAGAUCGAGCUGUUCAGCGACAAGAGCAACACGCAUGAGUUUGUGAACCUGGUGAAGGAGCUGGCCCUGCCGGGGGAGCUGACGCACAACAGAAGCUACGACUUUGAGUUCAUGCAGGUGGAGAAGCCAUACGAGUCCUACGUGGGAGCAAACGUCCGACUGAGGUACUUCCUCAAAGUGACGAUAGUUAGAAGACUAUCAGAUCUGGUUAAGGAGUAUGACCUCAUUGUCCAUCAGCUGGCCACGUACCCCGAUGUCAAUAACUCCAUCAAGAUGGAAGUGGGCAUCGAGGACUGCCUGCACAUAGAGUUUGAGUAUAACAAGUCCAAGUACCACUUGAAAGAUGUCAUUGUGGGCAAAAUCUACUUCCUGCUGGUGAGGAUUAAAAUCCAGCACAUGGAGCUACAGUUAAUCAAGAAGGAGAUCACAGGAAUUGGACCAAGCACAACUACGGAAACUGAGACGGUUGCGAAGUAUGAGAUCAUGGAUGGAGCUCCUGUAAAAGGAGAGUCAAUUCCUAUUCGGCUGUUCCUGGCCGGCUAUGACCUCACUGCCACCAUGAGAGACGUCAACAAGAAGUUCUCUGUCCGCUAUUUCCUCAACCUGGUGCUGGUUGACGAGGAGGACAGGAGAUACUUCAAACAGCAGGAGAUCGUUUUGUGGAGAAAGGCCCCAGAGAAACUAAGGAAACGCAACUACCACCAGCGCUACGAGCCGUCCGAACCCCGGCCAGCCCUCCCUGCUGAGCAGCCAGAAAUGUGAAAAACCCAGGGAGGAGGGGCGAUGUCUCUGCAGAGUAGCGAAUUGGAAGAAAGGGUGGGGGUUGGGGGGGGAAUCUGCAGAAUAGCCAAUUGGAAACAAGGGGCUGGGACUCUGCAGAGCAGUGAUUUGAAAGCAAGGGGGCGGGAACUCUGAAAAGUAGCAAAUUGGAAGCAAGGAGGGGAAACGCCAUUGGUCUGAAAUAAAAGUGAGGCAGGCCAAAAAGUGACCACAUGCCACCACCUCGCACAGCCGCCUUUCACACCGCCUUUUUCCAUCCACUCUGCUGUCGAAAUCAAGCUUGCUGAAUCUGCAGACUGUUGUCCUUGUAACAUACGAAAUGGGAAAACUAAAACACUGUAAUGUUUCAAAGCAGCCAUUCCUUUUAUACCGCACAUUAGAGCCUCCCACACGAAGAAAUACACUUAGUCAUGCAAGAAGGUCUAAACAGGAAGAAAUCUAUACAACUAGUACAAAACUGUUUGUACGUCUUAGGAAGAAUGUCCUAAUGCAUGCAGGCCGGUUAAUUUCUGUGAAUAUAGAGUCAUGAUGAUGUGUUAAAAAUAGGCCAUGAGUCCCGCCUUUAAAAGUACACAUUCUGACCACAGCCAUGUUCCCACGGUGCCCUUUUUGAAAUCAUUGAGGAGAUGUAAACAAGUUAUAUCAAAAGUCUAAUUUAUUUAGCAUUUAUGUUUGUGAAUUAUAUGUUAUGUUUGUU